UCUAAUAAUUAAUGACGUUGAGCAUAUUUUCAUGUGCCUGCUGGCCAUCUGUCUUCUUUGCAGAAAUGUCUAUUUAGGUCUUCUGCCCAUUUUUCCAUUGGUUUCUUUGUUGUUGAGUUGUAUACACACUGAAUUUUGAAUGAUGGACUCUAUGUUCUUUAUCAUGAUAGUAGACAAUCUUCAGUCAUUUAAAAAAUCUGAUUGUCUUCCUGAGUAAUUCAUCAAAAAAUUCUUUCCUCAAUAUUUAAUAUAGAUCAGUAUUAUCACUGUUAAAUACUACACAGCUUCUUAAGGAAAAAUUUCCAGAAAUUGCAUUUAUACAUUAAACAUCAGUUACAAAAGUGCCCAUCCCUUGUUUCUAAUUGACCAAAUAAUGUAAGCUGAACAGGACUAAAAGUAUGGUAGGCUAUGAUGAUGAUGAUCAUGAAAGGAACUGUAUGAUAUGCCUUUGAAGGUGAGGAGAGGCACCCUGGAAACAAACCCAAAGAUGUUAGGUUUUCAUCAACUUACACUAAGGCCGUGGUUUGUCAGGGUUUCCCAAAACCAUCCUCAGAUAUGACAAUUCAUUAGGACUUAAAACCCAGAAAAACUAUAUUAUGCUUGUGUUCAUGCUUUAUUACAGUGAAAGGACACAGAUUAAAAUAAACAGUCAUAUCGGGUGGAGUCCAGGAGAAACUAGAUGUGAGUUUCCAAUGGAGAAACACAGAUAGCACCUAAUUCUCCCCAUAACUUUUAUAAUGACACAUGUGAAGUGAGCCAGGGAAGCUCACUGGAGCCUUGAUGUCCAGGGUUUUUUUUAUUGAAGGUUAGUCACAUAGUCACGGAGCCACUGUGUGACUAGGCUUAGCUGCUUCAUCUCAAGCCUCUUGAGAGGUCAAAUUGAUUACAUUGCAACCCCAGGGCUCCUGGCCAACAAAAAUAGGUUUUUACCAUAAAACGCAUUGUUAGCAUAAACUAUCUGGUAUAGGAUUUUGUGAGUCCUCUCUUUCUAUGACCAUUCUGGAUUAUCUUAAUGUUUGUGAGCUUUUAAAACAUUUUCAAAAUCCUGGUUUCAAUUGCAUUUAUUGUGAUGGUUUUUGCAGCCUAACAUAUCCUAGAGAAUAUUUCAUUUAUGCUUGAGAAGAAUGUGUAUUCUGCUGUUAUCUGGUGGAGUGUUUGGUUUAUGUCUGGGAGGUCUAGCUGAUUUGUACUGUUACUGUAGUCAUCUAUUCUCCAGAUAUUUUUUGUCUGGUUUUUCUCUCCAUUAUUGAAAUUGGUUUAUCGAAGUCUCCAACUCUCUUGUAGAACUGUUUCUCUCCUCAAUACUGUCAAUUAUUACUUCAUAUAUUUGGGGGCUUUGUUUAAGGCAUUCAUGUUUAUAAUUGUUAUAUCUUCUAGACAGAUUGACCUAGAUAGGAAUUAUUGACUUAACACCUAUUUAUUGUACACAAACUUAGCUUUAAUAGGAUAGAAAAAUUAUGCUCCUGUACAGCUACACCCUUCCCUUUUUUAUGUGUUUUUGUCUGGGGUUAUGUUCAUAAUUACUGUGCUAUACCUUUGUAUUUAAAGACAUACUUGAAAGAAAAAAGGACCAACCAACCCAAAAUAUAAUAUUUUUAUUCCAUUACAUGUAUGUGUAUGUAUUUAUACAUAUGCAUGCACACACUUUAUCCAUUCACCCAUCAGUGGAUAUUUAGGUUGUUUCCACAUCUGGCAUACUGGAUACUAUAAAUACUGCUGCAGUGAACAUGGGGGUGCAGAAAUCUUUUCAAGAGAGUGAUUUUGUUUCCUUCAAAGAAAUACUCAGAAGUGGGAUUGUUGGACUGUAUAGUAGUUCUGUUUUUAGCUUCUUAAAGAAUGUUCAUUCUGUUUUCUAUAGUGGCUGUAUCCAUUUGCAUUCCCACUAACAGUGCACAAGUUCUCACUUUCCUCCACAUCUCCUCAACGCCUGUUGGUCUUUGUUUUCUUUUUUCUUUUUAGGGCCACACCUGUGGCACAUGGACAUUCCCAGGCUAGGGGUCAAAUGGGAGCUGCAGCUGCCAGCUAUACCACAGCCACAGCAACAUGGGAUCCAAGGUGCAUCUGCGACCUACACCACAGCUCAUAGCAACGCUGGAUUGAUGACCCACUGAGCAGGGCCAGGGAUCAAACCUGCAUCCUCAUGGAUACUAGUUGGGUUUGUUUCCACUGAGGCACAACGGGCAACUCCAGUCUGUUUUUUUGCGAAUGCUAUUCUAACAUGUAUGAGGUAGUACUUCGUUGUUUUUGAUUUUCUGGAGAACUAUCAAUUCAGAUUCUCGGCCCACUUUUCAGUUGAGUUGUAUGAGUUCUUUAUAUAUUUUAUUAACCUCUUAUCAGAUAUAUGACUGGCAAAUAUUUUAGCUGUUGAAACUGGCCUUAACCUAUGCCUUACCUCAUCAGGAACAGCUUCUGACUUAUGGUAAAUUCCAACGAGAUAUAGAAAUGUUACUCCUAAAAUAUCCUCUUCUCUUUCAUCACUUUUGUGGUAAUGUUGUUACUGACAUUACCUUCAUUGGACUUCUCCCCUCUCUUGCAAAUGAAGGCAGCAGAGAGGGUUUGUGCAGCAGCCCUAGGUUUCAGCUUGCCUCUCUUGGCGUGGAAUUUCUUCCCCAUGAGCCAAGGCAAAGGCAGCUGGAACCCCAGGAUUCAUGGCAGUGCUACACUCAAGGUACAGCUACUUGUGUGGCUACUAAGCAGAAGAAAAUCUCCAAGCCUUAGUUACAUUUGUUUGAAUAACAAGUAGCUGGGGGCAUGGUGGGAAGUGACCAUGGAGCAGAGGUUGAGGAGUGGUGAGGAAGUUUGUGUCGUUGGCUGUUCUAGUUUGGAAUGGAGUCUUUUUCUAAGAUGGGAUGGACAAGGAAGGGUGCUGGUUUGGUUCAAAUACUGCAAGACUUUCACAGUUCUUAAUACGUUUUAGCAGAUUUUCUUGAACAAAUUUGUUUUUUUCAUUUGCUUUAUGUUUUUAUAUAUAAUUUUCACCAGUUUCAGUGGGGAGCAUGUCUGUGAAGCUCCUCAUGCUGUCAUACCAGAAGUGGAAUUCCGUGAUCAAUUCUUUAAACUUCUAACCAUGGACCAUGAACUGGUGACAUUCAGGGAUGUGGUCAUCACCUUCUCUCAGGAGGAGUGGGAAUAUCUGGAUUCUGCCCAGAGGGACUUGUACUGGGAUGUGAUGAUGGAAAAUUACAGCAACUUGGUCUCACUGGACUUGGAAUCCAACUAUCACACAAAGACUUUGUCUAUAGAGAAGGACAGUAUUGGAAAAAGUGAUUCACAGUGGGAAGUAAUAGAAAGUAGUAAAUUAGUUGACUUUGAGAACUCCAUUUUCAGAAAUGAUUGGCAAAGCAAAAGGAAGACUGAAGUACAAAGACCUGAAGUAGGACAUUUCAGUCAAAUGAAAAUCAUCUCUGAAAAAGUGCCCAAUUACAAAAAUCGUAAGUCUUUUACAGUACAUCAGAGAAUUCAUGAUAGCAAGAAGCCCUCUGAAUAUAAGGAAUAUGGGAAGGUCCUUAGUUGUUGCUUAAACUUUGAUGAAUAUAAGAAAAUACACACUAGUGAGAAAACCUCUGAAUAUAGUAGAUAUUGGAAAACCAUUGGAGUUGAUGACUCCCAUACCCUACAACUGAAUAUUCAUACCAGUGUGAAACUUUAUAAAUGCAUGGAAUGUGGGAAUACCUUUAGUUUUUACGAAGAUCUUACUGUACACCAGAAGAUUCAUGAUGAUCAAAAGUGCUAUAAAUGUAAGGAAUAUGGAAGGACUUUUAGAAAUAUUGAAGAAGUUACUCCACUUCAAAGAAUUCAUGAUAGUGAAAAACCCUAUGAAUGUACUUCCUGUGGGAAAUCUUUUAGAGUGCAUGCACAACUUACUAGACAUCGGAAAAUCCACACUGAUGAGAAACGUUACAAAUGUAUGGAAUGUGGCAAGGACUUUAGAUUCCAUUCACAGCUAACUGAACAUCAGAGAAUUCAUACUGGUGAGAAACCCUACAAAUGCAUACAAUGUGAGAAGGUCUUCAGAAUUAGCUCACAGCUUAUUGAACAUCAGAGAAUUCAUACUGGUGAGAAACCUUAUGCAUGUAAAGAAUGUGGGAAGACUUUUGGAGUCUGUAGAGAACUUGCUCGACAUCAGAGAAUUCAUACUGGUAAGAAACCCUAUGAAUGCAAGGCAUGUGGAAAGGUCUUUAGAAAUAGUUCAUCCCUGACUAGGCAUCAGAGAAUUCAUACUGGUGAGAAACCAUAUAAAUGUAAGGAAUGUGGGAAAGCUUUUGGAGUAGGCAGUGAACUUACUCGACAUCAGAGAAUUCACAGUGGUCAAAAACCUUAUGAAUGUAAAGAGUGUGGAAAGUUCUUUAGACUUACUUCAGCCCUUAUUCAACACCAGAGAAUUCAUAGUGGUGAGAAACCUUAUGAAUGUAAGGUAUGUGGGAAGGCCUUUAGACAUAGUUCAGCCCUUACUGAACAUCACAGAAUUCAUACUGGAGAAAAACCUUAUGAAUGCAAGGAAUGUGGGAAGGCCUUUAGACAUAGUUCCUCCUUUACAAAACAUCAGAGAAUUCAUACUGGUAAGAAAUCCUAUGAAUGUAAGGAAUGUGGAAAUGCCUUUAGUGUGGGCAGGUACUUUACUUGAUAUUAAACAAGUUACACUGGUAAGAAGUCUUUUGAAUGAAAGACAUGUAUAUAAAGCACUUUUGUUUCUGAGUUUCAUUGGAAAAACCUGUGUACUUAUGCAGAUUCAGUGUCUCUUAUUAAAUCUGUUUCUGGACUUUACAGCCUAGAAUCUCUGUUGACUCGGGGUUGGCAGGUGGGGGGAUGACAAAGAAAAAGAAAAUGAUAGUCAAUAAGGUUGCAAAUUUUAGUGGCCCAUCAUCUCUUUUUUGUAGGACUGUUGACCUGGUUAUAUAAUCAAAUACGAUCACUGGUUAUAAUAUUUUUACAAGAAAAUCUGUUAUAUUUACAUACAUUUACAUCACAGUAAUUCAAAAGGAGGGGGAAAAUUAGCUAUUACAGUGAUUAUAAACUGAUCACUUAAAUUAAGAGGGGUUACAAUGCUACUGUUACCAUGGCCUCAAUUUGGGUUUGUAUCCAUUUACAUUAUAAUUUUCCUAUUUAUUCCCGCUCAGUGUUGCCUUGCUGUGCUUGGCAGUUGAUCCGUAGAACUUUGAUUUUAGCAAUCUCAGUUGACGUGGGGGGGGAGCAGAUGACAAAGAAAAAGAAAAUGACAGUCAAUAAGGUUGCAAAUUUUAGUGGCCCAUCAUCUCUUUUUUUGCAGGACAGUUGACCUGGUUAUAUAAUCAAAUGUGAUCACUGGUUAUAAUAUUUUUACAAGAAAAUCUGUUAUAUUUACAUACAUUUACAUCACAAUAAUUCAAAGUUAGUAAUUAUUAAAAAUACGACUGGUAGAUAGUUCAUGUCCAGUACAGUAAGAGAAUGAGCCUCUGUUGUUACUCUUUUUUUUUUUUGUCUUUUUAGGGCUGCACCAGAGGAAUACGGAAGUUCCCAGGCUAGUGGGUUGAUUUAGAGCUGUAGCUGUCAGUCUGCACCACAGCCACAGCAACAUGGGAUUCAAGCUAUGUCUGUGACCUACACACCAAAGCUCACAGCCGGAUCCUUGAUGCUUUGAGAGAAGCCAGGGAUCAAACCUACAUCCUCAUGGAUACUAGUCAGUCAGGUUCAUUACCACUGAACCACAAAAGAGAACUCCAUGUUGUUACUCUGUUUAUUAGGAUAUAUGCUGUUUCAUAUCUGAAAUAAUUCAACUGUAUUAUAAUGAUUAAUAUUGCUAUUAAUAGCUCACUCUAUUUACUGAGUUCCCUUGUGACUACACUGAUGAUUUGUUCAUUGAUCUGUUCUGAGUUAGCAUCAAAGCUGAUUAAUUUCACUCUUCUUGGAUAGUACUCCAGAACCACUUGCCCUACACUUUGUAUGUUUUUAAUAUUUUUUGCUUACUUGAACAAAUUAAAACAAUGAACUAUCUAAAUGUUAUAAAUAGAUUUAAAAUUAAUGACAGAAAUAAAAUAAGUCUUGACACUUCUUGAAAUAACUAAUGAAUAAACGAAAAAAAUUAGUGAAUAAAACAUAUCUUUAUUUUCUCCUUUAUCUGUAAUUACAGCUACAUUUUGGUCAUAUUAACAGUUUUCUUUGAACUUGGUUAUGAACUCCUGUCAUUUCACAGACUGCUAAUCCAAUAAACGAAAAUGUAAUUAUUGUUUCUGA